UUGAGAAAUAAAAAAAAUUAUUCCGCACAUUUCGGAACCAAGGAUAAAUCACACUUUACGUCCCCUCUAUUCAGUUAUCACCAAUACUUUACUCAGUAAACAUGGCUCCAAAACUGUACAUGAUUCCAUACAGCCAGCCAGUUCGGGCAACUUUAAUGACAAUUAAGGCUUUGAAUCUUGAUGUAGAACUAGUUGAAGUAAAUCUAUUAGACAGAGCGCAGUUUUCGUCAAAUUAUACCAAGUUGAAUCCCCAACACUCUGUCCCAACAUUAGUCGAAGAAGACGGUUUUAUAUUAUGGGACAGUCAUGCCAUUAUGGCCUAUCUGGUCGACAAAUACGGCAAAGACGAUUCUCUCUACCCCAAAGACUUGCAAACGCGGGCCAUAGUCACCCAAAGGUUGCAUUUCGAAAAUGGAAUUCUUUUUCCCAGGACCAUGGACGUAAUUCGCCCUGUUAUUUACCAAAGCGUCAAGACUGUAACUUCAGCACAAAAAGACGCAAUCAAGGAAAGUUACAAUUUUUUGGAGAAGUUUUUAGAGGGUAACGAUUGGGUUGCCGGAAAAUCCGUCACUAUCGCAGACUUUAGCAUAGUUUCGUCAAUUACCACAAUGGAUAUUGUGGUUCCGAUUGAUGCAAAGACGUACCCGAAUAUCACUUCUUGGAUCAAACGGUGCCAGAAAUUGCCUUAUUACCAUCUCAACCAGAAGGGUUGUGACGAAAUCAGGUUCCUUAUCGAACGAAAUUUGGAAUAAUUAUAUUGACAAGAAAUAAAUUGUAAAUUAAUUAA